AUGUCUCGCUUCUUCCCCCACGCAGAAUACGCAGAGGACCAACCCCUUGCUUACAUCAUCCUCACCACACACGUCCUCACCCGCGGCGCAACAACAGGCGCCAUCAUCGGCGCCGCCAGCUUUGCAGCAGCAGCAGCAGCACCAUCAUCACUGUCCACACCUAACAGGGGCCUCUUCCUCCAGGCAGCCGGCAGGGGCACCACCAUCGGCACGGCUCUGCUCGCCGUCGCCCUUGUGGGCCGGAUGUGGGGCCGCGAGGACAUCGAGUGGAAGGACAGGAGCUGGCGGCUGCUGCAUAACAAGGGCCAGGUGGAGUGUGAUGACUGGACGUACGGCGGCGCGGUGGCUGGGGUCGGGGCGGCGGCGGUCGGUGGGAUGUUGAGAGGUGCGGGCUGGCGUGGAGUGGUGGGCGCUGGGGGGUUGGGGAGCGUGCCGGGGACCGUUGGAUAUAUGGGCUGGAGGUAUGGUGUCAAGGGUGGGAAGUUUGAAGAGUGA